AUGUAUACGACACUUUCUGUCUCUUUUUAUUUUAAAAUGAAUAUUUUUUGGUCAUUUAUCGUGAUUGCACUUGUGAUGGGCUUCACUGAGAGUUGUAUGCGAACGGUUCCGCCGGAUGAUGCCUAUAUUCCUGUCACGUCGGCUCCUGGAGAAACUGAGAUGCCUGGGGAAAUGCUGACGACAAUUGCAAUGGAAGUCACAACAGAAAAAGUCUGUGAAGCCACCUCAACUGCGACAUGUCCAGAUUUGGCGAAUUUUUUUAUCUCGCCAACGGAGAUCAUCCAGCAAGAUGGAUGCCCUUAUUUGAAGUGUCAGGGAAGCAAAUUGCCAACUCCUUUGUCGGCGUACGAUGUUACCGAAAUUCCACCACCUGAUGCAUCGUACGAAACAACUGCGUUUAACAUCAAUCCUCCAACGACAGAUGCAGAGCUAGGUGGCAGUUUUAUCAAUUAUUUUGGAAUUAUUUGUGAUGGUACUGACUGGAAGAUCACGAAGUACCCAAAUGGAAUUGCAUAUCAGGUCGCUGGCAAUUUCGUUACUGUCGGUGACGAUGGGUCCUUUGACGGGAAAAAGACUAUGCUUGGGGCGAUACAAUGGUAA